CGCCACUACCACAGACUCGAGAAGCCACAUGCAACAGGUUUGUAUGAAAGGGCAUUCUCUAUCCACAGGUGUAACCUAGAAGCUGGUGGAAUUCAGCCUGAAUUACCCCAUCCAUGUCCGCAGAAGUCGCCACAGAGCCUACGGGCCCUCCUGCGAGACAGAUUGUCUAUUGUGGCGGUAUGUUCCCUAGGCGGGGCAGAGUAUGAUGACCACGGCUGACCUCGACUCAAACAGUGUGCACACUCCCUCCAGAGUACUGCGAGUUCGGAGGCACCGCUAAAAAAUGUGAAGAAUGGCUGGCCAAACACCAUGCAGACUUGCACAAACAGAUCUACUCAGAAGAGGCCCUGAGUGCCAAUAUGGCCGCGUUGUCCGUUGACGCCCAGAAACGAGCCGAUAAAGACGCAGCCAAAAAGACUGCAAAGGCGGCCGCCGCUGAGCAACGUGAAGCCGAGAGGAAAGCGGAGGCGAUUGUUCUCAUCAAGCGGGUUGAGCGAAACAAGCGAAAAUACGUCACAGUGGUAUCAGGAUUGGAAGAGCAUGGCCUAGAUCUGAAAAAGGUGGCCAAAGAGCUGGGCAAGAAGUUUGCAACUGGCAGCAGCGUGACCAAGACAGCGGCUGGUGGCGAAGAAAUCACCGUGCAAGGAGAUGUGAGUGAUGAUCUUUAUGACUGGUUACAAGAAAAAUACCCCGAGAUACCAGAGGACAACUUGGAUAUGAAGGAUGAGACCAAGAAGAAGAGCGCAAGCUGAACAUGCGUCUCUGUCUGGCACAAUCAGCAGAUCUGAGUUGCGCGUCAUGUUCAGCUUAGAUCAUGGCAUUGAACUGAGACGCAGCUAGCUGGCGUCAGGUCGAUGAAUAUCAAGUGAGCGAUGGGUGUGUUUGUGCAACGCAAACCCUUCGCCUCCAGACUUUGGUCAAUUGUCGCAAGGUCACAAUUAGAUUUUUUAUGGCAAUCAAAAAUCUCCCCACGCUUCCAA